AUGGCAGAAGAAUUCCUGGAAUCGGAGAUUGUGUUCCCGGAGAGCGUUAACGAUAACGGUUACGCUGUUGACGAGGAUCGGAGCUUCUCCGGCGACUCGAGAGAAUCGAGGAGUAAGAAGCAGAGGCGGAGGACGAUGAUGAAGACGACUGCUGCGACGGAGAGAAGAGAGGCGAAUUCUCUUCCGGUGAAUAUUCCGGAGUCGUGGUUCCGGUGCGUGGAUGUGGAGCCGGACUUUUUCGGCGAGGACGACGAAAUGGUGCCGCCGCACGUAAUCACCGACCGGAGAAUCGCCCGGAAAAUGAUGUCAUUUUCCGUCUGCACCGGGUACGGGAGGACGUUAAAGGGAAGGGAUUUGAGUGAAGUAAGGAAUUCAAUUCUUAGAAUGACUGGCUUUCUCGAAGCGUAG